GAUUUCCCGCCAUUGUGAGAAGUGGAGGUCGGGACCGCCUGGCCGCCCCAGCCGCUGGUCAGCAGUUCGGGGGCGUUUGUCCCCGUCACCGCCGCCACCUCUCCUCGAGGCGCUCGCAGGCCCGCGGCUCGCGACGCCCCGCGCGUGGGAGGGCGCGGACGAGGAGCGGCCGAACCCCGGAGGAGACGCCGGCGACCGAGCGCGCUCGCCCGCAGAGGAGCGCCGCACGGGCCGCGCCGGCCCCGGCCCACGGCGCCAUGCCCUGUGGAGAGGACUGGCUGAGCCACCCGCUCGGGAUCGUGCAAGGCUUCUUCGCCCAAAAUGGAGUUAAUCCUGACUGGGAGAAGAAAGCUAUUGACUACUUCAAAGAAAAGUUGAAGGAAAAUAAUGCUCCUAAAUGGGUACCAUCACUGAAUGAAGUCCCCCUUCAUUAUUUGAAACCUAACAGCUUUGUCAAGUUCCGUUGCAUGAUUCAGGAUAUGUUUGACCCUGAGUUUUAUAUGGGAGUUUAUGAAACGGUUAACCAGAACACAAAAGCACGAGUUCUUCAUUUUGGAAAAUAUAGAGAUGUAGCAGAAUGUGGGCCUCAACAAGAACUUGACUUAAGCUCUCCACGAUGUACCACUUCGGAAAGACAGACCUUCUACUGUGUCCCAGUGCCUGGGGAAUCUUCGUGGGUCAAAGAGGCCUAUGUCAGUGCAAACCAAGCUCGAGUCAGUCCCUCAACUUCCUAUACUCCCAGUCGGCACAAGAGGAGUUAUGAAGAUGAUGAAGAUAUGGAUUUACAGCCCAGUAAACAGAAAGACCAACAUGCAGGUGCCCGGCAAGCAGGGGGCCUCGGUGGCCUUCACUGGUGCGGAGAGCCAAAACGCUUAGAAACUGAAGCUUCCACUGGGCAGCAGCUGAACUCCUUGAACCUCUCUUCCCCAUUCGAUCUGAACUUCCCUCUGCCAGGAGAGAAGGGCCCUGCCUGCCUCGUUAAGGUCUAUGAAGAUUGGGAUUGCUUCAAAGUCAAUGAUGUUCUUGAGUUAUACGGUGUGCUAUCUGUGGAUCCUGUCCUGAGCAUACUGAGUAACGAAGAAAGGGAUGCCUCUGCACUGCUGGACCCCAUGGAGUGCACAGACAUGGCAGAAGAGCAAAGGGUGCAUAGUCCUCCAACUUCGCUAGUGCCAAGAAUUCAUGUGAUUUUAGCCCAUAAGCUGCAGCACACCAACCCAUUGUUACCCACUUGCCUUAACAAGGAGGAGAGCAGGACCUGUCAGUUUGUGUCCAAUUUCAUGUCUGAGUUGUCUCCAGUCAGAGCCGAGCUGCUUGGAUUCCUCACCCACGCGCUCUUGGGAGAUAGUUUGGCUGCCGAAUACCUUAUAUUGCAUCUCAUCUCUACAGUAUAUACAAGAAGAGAUGUUCUUCCACUGGGAAAAUUCACAGUUAACUUGAGUGGUUGCCCACAGAACAGCACCUUCACUGAACACCUAUAUCGGAUCAUUCAACACCUUGUUCCAGCGUCUUUUCGUCUACAGAUGACUAUAGAAAACAUGAACCAGUUGAAAUUCAUUCCCCACAAAGACUAUACAGCUAAUCGAUUGGUCAGCGGCCUCCUCCAGCUGCCCAACAACACUUCUCUGGUCAUAGAUGAGACUCUUCUAGAGCAAGGGCAGCUGGACACUCCAGGUGUUCAUAACAUAGCUGCUCUGAGCAACCUAAUAACCUGGCAGAAAGUGGAUUAUGACUUCAGUUACCACCAGAUGGAGUUCCCGUGCAAUAUCAACGUCCUCAUCACAUCGGAGGGGAGAUCGCUGCUUCCGGCAGACUGCCAGAUUCACUUACAGCCGCAGCUGACCCCACCCAACAUAGAGGAGUACAUGAACAGCCUUCUGUCUGCUGUGCUGCCGUCUGUGCUCAACAAGUUCCGUAUCUACCUGACUCUGUUGAGAUUCCUGGAUUACAACAUAUCCGACGACAUAACCAAGGCAGUUGAAGACGAUUUUGUGGAAAUGCGUAAAAAUGACCCUCAGAGUAUCACAGCUGAUGAUCUCCACCAGUUGCUUGUGGUAGCUCGGUUUCUGUCUCUGAGUGCCGGCCAGACAACACUCUCAAGAGAACGGUGGCUAAGAGCAAAGCAGCUGGAAUCAUCCAGGAAAAACAGGCUUCAGCAGCAGAAGAGUGUGAACGGGAAUGAACUUUAAAGUUUGGAACUUGGAGAGAAUGGGCAAGCUAUAGCCUCCAUGCUGUACAAUUCAGAUUCCUUUAUAUCACAUUGUUUUAUAGAUAAUUUGUAUCCAAAAAAAAAAAAACCAAUGACUUUUCCUGAAAUCAAGUCUGGUGACACCUAAAGUUUAUAUAAUCUCUGUAAGGGCUUUUACCUUACUGGUUUUAUGGAGUUUUGGAGUUUGUUUUAUAAUUAGUUAUGAUGUACACAAAUGUAUUUGAUAUUAAAGGUUUAAAUAAUGAUAAUGUUGCUGAUCAUACCAUCUCCUUAGCCACAUCAUAGGCCAGACUCUCGAAGUGUCAGCUUCACCUGAAGAGUUAUUGGAAGAACUGUUAACUCAGAAUGGGUCUGUGUGUGUCAAGCUCAGGCGCGCUUGCCAUUGAUUCAUAGGACCGCUCCCAUGUCAUUUUACACGCAUCUAGCCACAGAAACAUUUUUCCACUUAGCAGCCGUUAAUAGCCUGCAGAACUAAACUAGGCUUUCCCAUGGCAGGAGUUCCCAACUUUUGGAUUUUAGAGACUACUAAUACUUCCAAAGAUUUCUGGGAUAAUGUUGCCAAUUGAUUUUGCCAAAUCAUUUGAAAAAAAAAAAAAAAUCACUGUGAUCACUUUGUUUUCAUAAAGGAUACUCCCAGAACAUGAGGAUCAUUUAAUGGAAUAAAUGCAAGUUUGUGAAGAUCACUACAUUGUCCUUAACUUUGCUCAUAUCCUGCAUUUGGGAACUAUCAUUUUAAGGGACUGUGAGGGAAAUAAUGCCUCCAUGGAACCCUGUCCAAACAUGGAAAAUCACUAUUUAAAUAGUACUUGUACUCUUUAUGGUGCUGUGUAUUGAACCCUGGUCUCAUACACGCUAGAGAAGUGUUCCGCCACUAAGCUACAUCCCCAGCAGAUAGGGGCCAGUGACUUUUAAUCGUUUUCCUUGUUAUUUAGCUGAUUUGAUGAAUGUAAUGGAUUUUGAUCUUUUAAUAUAAGUUUAUCAGUUUCUAAGUGUAUUAGGUAAGUAACAUUUGCAAGUACAGUAAGGGCCCAUACAGUUAGUUAUAGGUAGGUUUUCCUCAGACCUGUUCAUUUUGUUGUGUAUUUUCAAAUGAACGAGAAUGUUAUUAGUACUUAUAAUUUGCAAGUUAAUGUGGUAUAAUGGUAAUUGUGGCAACAAGAAUCUUUAGAAAGGUUAGAACAUUGCUGUUAACUGUUAUGUAUGUGAAGAUGAAUUCAGUUGGAAGCAGAUGAUGUGCAUUGGUACCUUACUGCUAAGGAGGCUCACAUUGACAUUGCUAACCAAGGAAACAGGGUCAGCCUUGCUCAAUCAAGGAAUCAGCCUAAUGAAAGGAACUACAAACUACUACAUAGUCAGCAUUCUUUUCCUAACCUCAAGUCUAUUUUUAUAAGCUAAUGUAAAUAAUGUUCAUAUUAGAAUUCUAACUGGUUUUCAUUUUUAUAACUGGUAGACAAGAUCUUAAACCUUUGAAAAUAAAAUGUUCACAUAGAUUUCUGAAGAUGCCAUUUUCUUUGUCCUAGAAGUUUAGUUUAUCUUGUCAAACUGUACCAAUGUAAACUGUAAUUUACCAAAGAGAAGUCAUAAUUUUGCUUGUUCUUACAGAAAAGUUCCCUUAAAUAACCCUGUCUAGAAAAUAAAAGUUCCAAAUUAUCAGUA